GAUUGGACGGAGGGCGGCGAUUCCUUCUGGCAAGAUUCCGGUAGAACCCACCGGAGGAGCCCCGGAGUAGCUUGAGGGGUCGGCGCACACGUUAUAGUGAAGGGGAAGAAGCUAUAGGCUUCUUUCGGAAGCCUCACCACAGACCUUUUUUUUUUCCUGUGUGUUGGACGGCUGCGGUGAAAGUGGGCGACCAUGCCGGUGUUCCACACCAAGACCAUCGAGAGUAUCCUGGAGCCGGUGGCCCAGCAGAUCUCUCACCUGGUCAUCAUGCACGAAGAGGGCGAGGUGGAUGGGAAAGCCAUCCCGGAUCUGACCGUGCCGGUGCAGGCGGUGCAGGCUGCAGUCAGCAACCUUGUGCGGGUUGGGAAGGAAACGGUUCAAACCACCGAGGACCAGGUGCUGAAGAGAGACAUGCCGCCUGCAUUCAUCAAGGUAGAGAACUCUUCAUCCAAACUGGUCCAAGCAUCCCAGAUGCUGAGGACUGACCCAUACUCAGUCCCUGCUCGAGAUUACCUAAUCGACGGAUCCAGAGGGAUUUUGUCUGCCACAUCUGACCUGCUGCUUACUUUUGAUGAGGCGGAGGUGCGUAAGAUCGUCCGUGUGUGCAAAGGUAUCCUGGAGUAUCUGACGGUAGCUGAAGUGGUGGAGACCAUGGAGGACCUCGUCACUUACACGAAAAAUCUGGGGCCAGGGAUGACCAAGAUGUCAAAGAUGAUUGAGGAGCGACAACAGGAGCUGACGCACCAGGAGCACAGACAGAUGCUAGUCAGCUCCAUGAGCACCGUUAAAGAGUUGCUUCCUGUCCUUAUAUCAGCGAUAAAGAUUUUCGUGGCAACCAAGAGCGGCCGAGGCACUGGCGUGGAGGAGGCCGAGAGGAACCGACUUUUCACCUUUGAGAAGAUGAGCGGCGAGAUCAACGAGAUCAUCAGAGUCCUGCAGCUCACCACGUGGGACGAAGACGCCUGGGCUAACAAGGAUAUGGAGGCACUGAGGCGAUCUUUGGCUUUGAUUGAAUCAAAGAUGAUCCAGGCUAAAACUUGGCUAAAAGACCCUUAUGGACAACCAGGAGAUCCCGGUGAGGUUGCUGUUCGUGUGAUUUUGGAUGAGGCGGGAAAGGUGGGAGAACUGUGUGCUGGGAAGGAGAGGAAGGACAUACUGGCGACACAUAAAGCUUUGAGUCAAAUGAUUGAUCAGAUUGCAGAGCUCAGAGUCAGAGGCCAAGGCUCGAGCCAGGCUUGCGUGCAGCGUGCAGGCCAGUGCUCUCAGGGCUUAGACUUGCUAUUUGGCAAAGUGGACAAUGCAGCUCGCAGACUGGAAGCUCUUAUUAACGCCAAGCAAGCCAUCGCCAGGAGGCUGGAUGCUGCGCAGGCCUGGCUGGCCGACCCUAACGGUGGUCCAGAGGGCGAGGAGAACAUCAGGGCGUUACUGGCAGAGGCCAAACGCAUCGCUGACCUGUGCGAGGACCCUAAAGACAGGGAGGACAUCCUGCGCUCCAUCAGCGAGAUCGCAGGCCUCACCGCCAGGCUUGUGGAGCUACGCAAACAGAUUAGAGUGCAGCCUCGUGUCACCAAUAUGUGGCCCAUUUUACCUGCCUGGACGUUAUGUUGUUGCAUGUCAACGUUGGGCGUCAGUCCCACAAUAAGAGGUAAAGGUGACAGUCCGGAGGCCCGUGCAUUGGCAAAGCAAAUCGGAGCGGCCCUGCUGAACUUGCAAGCCAAAACCAACCGGGCGGUGGCCAACAUGAGGCCCGCCAAGCCUGCAGUCACUCUGGAGGGGAAAAUGGAGCAAGCGCUACGCUGGGUUGCUAACCCUGGUGUGGAUGAUAGAGGUGUAGAAUAUGAGAGACUAGAGUGGAACACAGGUCAGGCAGCAAUCAGAGGGAUGGUUGGAGAAGGAAGGAGACUGGCAGGAGGCCUGUUGGGACCUUACCGCCAGGACAUGAUGGGUCGCUGCGACCGAGUAGAGGGUCUGAUGACAUCCUUGGCAGACAUGGCAGGCAGGGGCGAGGCUGAGGCCCCCCACGCUAGGGCGACGGCUGCGCAGCUACAUGACAGCCUCAAGGACCUGAGGCAGAAAAUGCAGCAGGUGAUGACCCAGGAAGUAUCAGAUGUCUUCAGCGACACCACCACGCCCAUCAAAUUGUUGGCCGUUGCUGCCACCGCUCCCGCUGACGCCCCCAACCGAGAGGAGGUGUUUGAUGAGCGGGCAGGGAAUUUUGAGGCCCACGCAGGCCGUCUCGGCGCGACUGCGGAGAAGGCGGCUGCUGUGGGAACAGCCAAUAAGGGCACAGUAGAAGGAAUUCACGCUGCUGUCAAACAUGCCCGCGAGCUCACACCGCAGGUGACUUCUGCUGCUCGUAUCUUGUUGAAGAAUCCGGGCAACAAGGCAGCGUACGAACACUUUGACACUAUGAAAAACCUGUGGAUUGACAAUGUGGAGAGACUCACAGGUCUGGUGGAUGAGGCCAUAGACACCAAGUCUCUGCUAGACGCCUCAGAGGAAGCCAUCAAAAAGGACAUUGACAAGUGCCGAGUUGCCAUGGCGAAUGUUCAGCCCCAAAUGCUUGUUGCCGGGGCAACAAGCAUCGCGCGGCGAGCCAAUCGGGUUCUGCUGGUGGCCAAGAGGGAAGUGGAGAACUCUGAAGAUCCGCGCUUUCGAGACUCUGUGAAACAUGCGUCAGACGUCUUGUCGCACACCAUCUCACCCAUGGUCAUGGACGCCAAGGCGGUGGCUGGCAACAUACUAGAUAAAGGGCUGCAGAAGGCCUAUUUGGAUUCCUGUUUGAGGAUUUUGGCUGCAGUGGGAAAAGUCAGAGAGGCUUUCCAACCUCCAGAGCUGGACUUUCCACCUCCACCACCUGACCUUGACCAGCUCCAAGUAAGCGAUGAGCAGGCUCCGCCAAAGCCCCCCUUGCCAGAGGGUGAGGUGCCGCCCCCUCGACCUCCUCCUCCAGAAGAAAAAGAUGACGAGUUCCCGGAGCAGAAGGCUGGAGAGGUGCUCAGCGAGCCCAUGAUGGUGGCUGCCAGACAGCUGCACGACGAGGCCCGCAAGUGGUCCAGCAAAGAGGCGGUGGAGGUAGACGAUGAAGAGGAAUUUACUGACGGCGAGGAUGACUAUGAGCCAGAGCUGCUGAUGAUGCCCUCCAACCAGCCUGUCAAUCAACCCAUGCUGGCAGCUGCCCAGUCUCUCCACCAGGAGGCGCGCAAGUGGUCCAGCAAGGGUAAUGACAUCAUCGCCGCCGCUAAGCGGAUGGCGUUGCUGAUGGCAGAGAUGUCCCGCCUGGUGCGCGGCGGCAGUGGCAACAAGCGAGCGCUCAUACAGUGCGCCAAGGACAUUGCCAAGGCUUCGGACGAGGUGACGAGACUCGCCAAGGAGGUGGCCAAGCAGUGCACGGACAGACGCAUCAGAACUAACCUGCUGCAGGUGUGUGAGAGGAUCCCCACCAUCAGCACUCAGUUGAAGAUCCUCUCCACUGUGAAAGCCACCAUGUUGGGUAGAACAAACAUUAGUGAAGAGGAGUCUGAACAGGCCACCGAGAUGCUGGUCCACAACGCCCAGAACCUGAUGCAGUCCGUGAAGGAGACCGUCCGGGAAGCGGAGGCGGCCUCCAUCAAGAUCCGUACGGACUCGGGCUGCACCCUGCGCUGGGUGCGCAAGACCCCCUGGUACCAGUGAACAAAUAGUGGCAGCACACACACUUUGAAUAAAAGCGGCGAGAUAGAUCUAGAUGAUUCUCCAUCAUCCUCUGUAGAUUGGCUUCAUUUUUAACUUGUUUUCCCCUUUAGUGGAGACACCAGAUUUGGAAUAUCUAUUUUUGGUAUGUUGUGUUAAAGAAAACAAAAAAAAACAGAUUUCAGGUAGCUAAUAUAUAUUUUCUGCAUGAGAAUGUUUUCUAUUUUUUAAACGCCGACAAUGAUGCUUUGUUUAUUAAUAGUUGUCUGUGUUGUGUGGACACUGAGCUUAAAGUCGCUGAUUUGAAACACUUAAGGGCGGAGCCUGGCGUGGACGGACCAGCACCUCCUCCUCUCAUGUUUACUUUCACUAUUUACGCUGCUCUGCAGGGGAAUUUAACAGUGUGAUGUCGAUUAUACUUGAAGAACUUUUAAGUCUUCUGGAAGUGUCUUGACUCUUAGACAAUGAAUCGUAUAAUAUAUUCAUAAAUAGUGUACGCUGGUAAAAUGACGGGUUUUUCAAGGUAGUAAAUGGUACAACUCAUCGUUAGUUAUAGUCAUGGUGUUAGUUUAUUUGGAACAUGCAUACAAUUACAAUAUGACACAUCACAUAUGUACACUUUCCCAUUACGGCGUGUCCGAAAAGAAGUAGGAAGAAGCAGAGCUUAUUUAAUCCUACCCCUUUACGUUUCGUCGCCUUUUCUAACACAUCUGUUUGCACUCAAUCUGGAACACAUCAGUGAAUAAAUACAUAAAUGAGUAAGUAAAUACAAAUAGAUACUGUGCAUAAACAGUUAUAUAAAGUUAAUAGGCAUGAUAAUUAAUUUGAUGAGUCUUAAGGCAGUGGUUCUCAAACCUCAAAACACUUGGCUUUCCUAGUACCACCAUAAUGAUCAACAUUAAAAUACAGUAGCAUAGUAGGCCUAAGUCAUACUUGCCAACCCUCCCGGAUUUUCCGGGAGACUCCCGAAAUUCAGCGCCUCUCCCGAAAACCUCCCGGGACAAAUUUUCUCCCCAAAUUCAGGCGGACCUGAGUGACGUGUCGACAGCCUGUUUUCACGUCCGCUUUCCCACAAUAUGAACAGCGUGCCUGCCCAAUCACGUUAUAACUGUAGAAUGAUCGAGGGCGAGUUCUUGGUUUCUUAUGUGGGUUUAUUGUUAGGCAGUUUCAUUAACGUCCUCCCAGCGCGGUAACAACACACAACAACAGCAGUCACGUUUUCGUCUACCGUAAAGCAGUUCGUCUGCCGUAAACAGCAAUGUUGUGACACUCUUACUGCCAUCUACUGUACAUGCAUAUGUGACAAUAACAUCUGCGGCUUUUAAAGAGUGCAGUGCACAACUGCGCACACAACAAGGAGAGGGUGUUCAGCAUGGUUAGAACAUUAGUGACAGAGAAUAGAACAAGGAUGGACAAUUCAACCCUUAACUCAACAAUGAGUAGAUGAGUGUUAUGUGUGUGUAUAUGUGUAAAUAAAUGAACACUGAAA